GUACAUUUCAUUCCAUUAUUUUUGUUUGUGUUUGUAUCUUUAUGGUGGGAAUUGUAAAUAGCUAUGAGGUUACUUAUUUAGCUGUAUGUAGAGCAGUUCUAUAUAUGUGCAAGAUAUUCUUUUCCCCUUUUUGCAUCUGUUUCAUUAUCUCCUUGAAACUACAUUUUGUAGUGGAGUGACUGGUUAGUUUUUUUUCUUUAUCUUGAGGGGGUGUUUGGUUUGGUAUGAUUUGAAAUAGACAUUUUGCAUGCAAAGUGUCGUGUUGCACACAUUUUAAGUUCAAAAAAAGGUUGCAUGCCUAACCAAAACGAACUAUGGUUUUACAUAUUGCAUACCUACAAUUUAUGUGUAAUAACUAUGACUUGAGUUUUAAUGUGUAAACUACCAACUAUCAUGCAAUUUGAUUUUGUAAACAGGCUAAGAGAAAACGGCGGCGGACACCAACUCCUGGAAGAUACCAAGGUGUGAGAAAUAAACGAGGCUCUGAUGGAAGACGAUCUCGUAGUUACUCACCCCGCAGACGGAAUGACAGUGAUUCAUAUCAUGGGGAUCGUCGUGGAAGGCCACGAUCACCAUAUAAUCGGAGGGGUGAUGAUGACUCUGGUUCCCGUAGAAGGCAGCGGGACCCGUCUACUUCCCCUGGAAGAAAAGACCACAGGAGAGGCCAUUGAUUCCCCUCUGGUUUUCUUCCACUUCCUGGAUUCUAUGUUGGCUUAUUGUGUUUUCAAUUGUGUUUCUCUUCCUAAUGUUAAGAUGGCUCUUGGACGCGCCAGUCUUACGGGGGCGCGUUUGGUUCGGCAAUGGCGAAUUGAGCUUCUGUAAGUUUAUUCAGCUUUUAGUAGUUGAAUUUGAGUACUAUGUCAAAAAAGUAUUUUCUCUAAUUAGCAACAUUCGUAAUUUGUCACUACUUGAAUAGUGUUAAAACUUAAAAUGGUGCAUGUGACACAUUACGGUUAUGUUCAUUACCUCUGGUUAUUUGAAAAUUUGAGUUAGACACUUAUCCAUAAAGUGAUACCCCGGAG